AUAACUAACCCUAGCGAUCCACCUCUCCCCUCCCCUCCCCUCCCCUCGUGCAGCCGCCACCCACCUCCACCACAUCGCCGCCGCCGCUGUCGCCGGCCUACGCCCUCCUCCCACACCGCCGCCGUGAAACCCCCUCCUCACCUCCUCUCCCCGGUCAACCAGCAGCAGGUCAGGCGGAGGCGGCAGCCAGAUCCGCCGCGUUGCUUCUGGAUCCGCGCCCUCCCCACCCCCGAUUCAUCUCCAAUCCCGCCGCCGACACCCAACCCCACCCCCAUCGGUGACCUCCCUCCCUUGCUCCUCAACCCAACCCAACCCCGAUUCGAUUCAGUUCAUAGACAAAUCCCCUCGCACAUCGCCGCCGCCGCCACACACUACCGAUCCCCUCACAUCCGGCCGGUGGCCAUGGCCUCCGGUAUCUCCCCGACAGCCGCCACUCCGGUACCCUCUCCAGUACCCUCCCCUCCCCUACCCUCACCAGAAGAGCAAGAGAAGAGGUAGGGAGAUCGAGCGAGCUGGUCAGGCGGCCGCCAUGGCGCGGCCAAAUCUGCCACGGUUGCCCAUGGCUUCUUCGAUCUGGGCCUCGACGGAGGUCACCAUGGCCUGCUCCGUGCCGAUCCUCUCUUCCUCAACGGAGGUGCUCGCGUGCCGGCUUCCUCCUCCUACUUCUGCUCGGCCGUUGCCGACGCCACGGAGCUUCCUAGCCUAGCAGGAAGGGGGAAGAUGAGACAGCGGGACGGAAGGAAGGAGGCCGCCGAGGAGUGAGGUGUUGUACUCGACAGAGAUACCUGACGCCUCUGUUUGUGAUGCCACAUGAGAAGCAUAGGGAAGAUCCCACCAUCACCAGCUUGCUCCACCACAAGUCGCGCUUGCCCUCCGUGCUCACCAUGGUACUGCUUGUCUUGGGAGUGAUUAUUCUCAUUGUAUACUUCAACAAUGGCUUAGGUACACGAAGGCCACGAGCGCCAAGGCGCACCUCACGUGCGGGGGCUGCCGGCAAGAAGGACGUGGGAGAGGCCUUCUUCGUCUUCAUGGGCGAGUUCCGCAAGGAGUUCAAGCAUAAGAACCCCAAGAACAAGUCUGUCGCUGCUGUAGGCAAAGCAGCCGGUGGGAGGUGGAAGAGCUUGAGUGAGUCGAUCAUAGUGUACCAGCUUGCAAGGGCGUUGCUUUUUUGCCACGGACGCGGGGUCCGACACCAUGACCUUGAGCCACACAACCUGCAAAUUGGUGGAUGGGUUGGUAUCCUCUGGUUUGAUCCCAGGAAGAGGAAGUGUUCUCUUCUCUUUAUCAACCAAAGGCACUUUCUUCUCCCAUGGAUGGAUGGGACUCCAUCAAUUUAGUAUCAGUUUAGGUUUUAGUAUGCUAUUGAUGCUUGCGUUGAUGCCAUGCUUUUUGUCUUGUCAUGUGCUGAUAUUAACUGGCAGCAUCAGCUCCCAUGAUUGCUUGCUUGCUUACUCUAUAACCUGUACUGCUAAAACAUGUUAUCUACUCCAUGAUGAUAUAUCAUUUGCAAAUACUCCUAGACAUCACCUCCCAUGAUGUUGCAUUAGCUAUAAUCUAUACUGCUAAAAGAGGAGUGUAAACUGGAGUAAUUUUUCAGCCAUUCUAUUUGUUUUAUUUUGGGCGGAUGCUCUCCACUGGAGUACAGCUGGGUACUGCAUUUCUUUUUGCAUUCCUUUUUGAGUCAGUGCUUGAACAUUUUUUUAAAGAUGAAUUGGAAUACUCUUGGACAGCAGUACAUGAAGUAUAGCUGUAACUUCUUGCAGUAUAGCUGUAGAAGUCCAUUGGGAGUAGUUUUGCAUAAGUAGCAUUAGGAGUAACUUCUUGCAGAAACUCUUUGACACAUAUUGUCAUGCAUCAGUAGCAUGUUUGAUUGUUUUGGAGCAGCGAUUAAUUACUUGUAAUGUUUUUCUUGUCUGAGCACACACACUAAAUGGUAGUUUUUUAGAUAAUUAUUAUUAACUGAAACUGUUAUGUACAUGAAUAUAGUCUAUCUACAGCUAGUUACAUAUGUGGUGCAAUUGUGUAGAACUACUAGUACUAUGCUUGAGAUUUGAUCAUUAAUAUAGUGUAUCUACAAUUGUACAUGAAUAUAGUGUAUCUGCAGUACUGUAAUAUUCUUGAGACUUGAUCCAAACCAUAUUAAUUGUUGCUAGUGAUUUUAUUAUCUACUUUUUGCAUCAUCUAAACAUUUUUUUGUUUCUCACUCAUGAUUGAUAUAUUGCCAGGUGAAUGAGGUUUUCAAAUAUUGAAGGAGGAGGAAAAUAUGAACUUCUGUUCUGUCUUAUCAUCUAAACUUCUGUUUUAAUUUUCUUUGUCGUAGAAUAGUUUUGUUUGGCACUGACUGUUCCUCGGAUGUAAAGAUAUGUAUUGCUAGAAUUAAUGGUUGUAAUAUAAGCAAUAUUAUAUUUUGGGCUCCUAUAACAUUGCAUGUUGCUUUGAAAAUGUAUCAGAACUGGGCUAGGCCCAAGAUAGCUUGUGGUCUGAUAUGUUUUAAUGUCAAUGGCAUAAUAUUUUUUGGAUUGGAUCA